AUGUGCACGCGUCUCGGCCUCGAGUGUCUUGGGUUCUCGGCGCAGCGGCCCGACUGGAUGCGCAAGCAGGAGGUAGUCACGGGUGUGGUGGCGAGAAUGAAGAAGAGCGUCUCGGACACCAACUCGGCCAAGAUGAACGAGUAUUGGGCCAACAAGGCCGCGAGCGCACUCCGCGAACAGUCACUGGACGAAGAGGAGGCGAUGGCAGAAGAGACUUUGGCAGAGGACACUGAGUAUGCCGAGCAGGCAGGCAGCGUCGAAUCUGCAGAGUCUAUGGAACUCCAGGCUCUACCUUUGCCACCCCAGACCGCAGCCAACUUUAUCGGCGACCUCGCAGACCUGUGGGCUUAUCCGAUUCCGCAGUCUCAGAUGGUGGACGACUACCCCGUGGCGCAGCAGGCCGUCCACGAUCCCCUCGGCAUGCAGGCCAUGACGACACCGCACGCGUUCAACUCGGGACCCACCAGCCCGUUGGUGGAUCCCGACUUCCUUGCUCUCCUGGGUUUUGCUGCUCCGCCAGUAGUGGUGCAGCCUCAAGCGGCGACGUAUUUCCCUCUUCUCCACCAACCGACCACCACCUUCAGUACCUCGUUCCCGACCACACCGGCCAACAUGCGCUUCUUCCACCACUACCUGACGGUCAUCAUGCCGUACCAGUGGAUCUUUGAGCGCAAGGUCCUCUCGGACCUCGUCACGGGGCUGGCAUUCACCAACCCGCUCGUCUUCGAGUCGUUGAUCGCCCUCGCAGCGCUGCACAUGGGCGCCAAGCGCCGGUGGCGACGGCCAGCCAUCCAAAACCAAAACCAAGCCUCGUCGUCGUCGUCGUCGUCUCGAAUAACUGCCCUCCCCGAUGGAAACGACCCAGACUUGGCAGUCGCCGAGUCGUCGCUCCAGCUCAGUAUCCAGGGCCUCAAACAGGUGCCAUUCAACGACAUUGGCUCGCACGAAAUGGUCGUGGCGGCCAUGUCCGUGAGCAGCUUCCACCUCUUUGAUGGCGGGAACAGAAAGGGGUGGCGCGAGGCCGUGGAGCUGUGUCGCAAGUCGUUGGCGGCGGUGCUGCAGGGCUCGCGGCAUUGGAGCAGUGACGAUCCCGAGCUGGCCGUUUCGGGGCUCGUCAAGCGCAUGGGCCAUCUCCUCAGCCCCCUGGUCUGGACGGACAUCCUCACCUCCGUGACGGAGGGUGCCGCGUCCCAGUUCCUGUCGCUGUACCGCGUUCUCCUCCUGGACGACCAGAGCCAGGGCGAGAUGGGCGAUCUGUUGCGUGAGACCGUCAUGGGGUGUGACAGCACUACACGACUGGCCAUAGCCGAGACCAUUGCGCUGGCAGAAUGGAAGGACACGGCACUGGGGGUGGGCCGCUUAUCCAUCCGCGACCUGGUGGAGCGCGCCAACUCGAUUGAACGACUGCUGGAGCAGCGAGUGUGGCGCGAACGACACCUGUUUGAGUCGGACGACCCAGCCACGCUCCAGCGACGCGCAGUCAGCAACGUCUUCUUCCACAGCGCGCGGGUGCUCCUGGCGACGACUCUGAGUGGGCCGUUCCCAGGCGUCGUCGAGGUCGCCGCCACGGUGCGCGAUGUCGCGGACGCGUUCCUCGCGCUGGACCUCGUGGAGCUGCAAGGCGCUGAGCGCGCCCUCGUGUUCCCCACGGUCAUUGCGGGCUGCCAUGCCGACACUGCGACGCUGCAAAUGUUCUUCAAGGACAGGUUUGAGAGACUGGGCGAGGAGGGACUGGCGUUCGGCAACACGCGCAACGCCCUGCGGCUCAUGGAGGAGGUAUGGCGUCGCCGCGCGACGUUGCCAGGUGGACAGGAGGUGCAUUGGCGAAAGGUCAUGUUUGAGCUCGAUGAAGAAGGGCUGUUGUUGAUAUAG